AAACCCAAACUCCACACUGGAGAGAGACCUUACACUUGUGAACUGUGUGGGAAGAGCUACAAAAGAAAGGAAAAUCUUACAUUUCACACAGGAAUUCACAGCGGAGAGAAAACGUUCAUCUGCUCUCAGUGUGGAAAGAGUUUUAAACAGAAGAAGUACCUCAAUGAUCACAUGACAAUUCACACGGGAGAGAAGCCGUUUGUUUGUGAUCUGUGUGAAAAGAGUUUCAGGUGUAAAGGACACCUUGAUCUUCACAUGAAGAGUCACUCGGGAGAGAACUGUUUUAUAUGUCAGCAGUGUGGGAAGAGUUUCUCACACAAAGGACACUUCGAGGAUCACAUGAGAACUCACUCCGGAGAGAAGCCCUUCACCUGUCCUCAGUGUGGAAAGAGCUUCACGGCUAAAGGAAACUUUAAGACUCACAUGAGAGUUCACACUGGAGAGAAGCCUUACAAGUGUCCUCAGUGUGACACCAGCUUCACGCAUCACACAAACCUCAAGCGUCAUAUGCAGACUCAUUCUGGAGAGAGUUUCCCAACUUCAUGCCACACGGAGGAAGAUAGUGUUACAACAAUCACCUGAACAUUUCCUCUGAAGAAAGAUGAUUGAGUUGAGAUCAGAUCAAUGAACACAUUCGUAUCAAACCUCAUGUGUUGAGUCCUAUUUAGACAGGACUAGUUUUACAUGGAGAGGUGCAAUAAAGUAUUACUAGA